UAUUUUUUUCAGUUCAAACGAUUUAUUUAACAACAACUUUAACAAUAUCAACAACAAUUUAAACAAAUUUAAUUUAUCAAAUAUAUCAAAUUCCUCAACUUCCUAUUUUUUUCAAUCGGAUGCAGAAUAUUCUAGAGAUGGACAAGUACAUUCAAUACAUUCAUUAAAUGGACAUUCUUUUCGUUCAUUAACCCCCUUAAUUGAAUAUUAUAUUAAUGAAAGUAAUAAUGAAGAAUUAAAUGGAGGAGGUGGAGGGGAGGGAAUUGGUGGGGGUGGUGGGGAGGGACCUAGCAACAAUCAACAACAACAACAAAUAUUCCCUUCUUCUUCUGAUGUUUGUAUGGAUCAGAAUAGCAAUACUCAUAUUGAUAAUGAAGAAUCUUUGUUGUUUUCUGAUAUUUGAGAAAGGUUUUUUUUGGUUUUAA